AUGAGUAUUUUAGCAAAUCAACAGGGAAUGUUUGCAUCAAAUGGACAGACUGCCCCAAAAUUACCCUUAAUAGAGAAUGUCCCCAAAACUGGAAUAGUUAUUAAAUAUUUACAAAAAGGAGGAGAUCCUUAUGUUUUUGAUGAAGUGGAUUGCCCUCUUGCUAAAAAUGCAGAUGAGCAAAUAUUCGAGAGUGAAGAAUUUAGAGAGAUAGAAUUAACAAAUCAACCAUUUCUCCAAUAUAUUGCAAAUAAUUCUGGUUUAUUUAAUUUAACUCUUCGUUAUAUUUAUAAAAUUAAUGAUCCUUUAACUUUUAUUUUUGCACAUCAAAAUGACGGAUUUAAACUUCCUAAUUGGGCAACUGAAACAACUAGAAAAGAAAUUACAAGACUAUAUAAUUUGAAAAAUUCGUUUGAUUUCAAAACAAAAAAGCAAAAGCGUUUACUUUCUGGUCUCCUUUUUACAGAAAUUUUGAAUAAAAUGGAGAAUAUUUCUUGUGAAAAUGAAUUUGGAAGCAAGGAAAAGUUUUACGCCUAUUCUGGACACGACGGAACUGUUGCUGGUUUACUUGCAAUUUUUGGAAUUAAUUUAGAGGUGAAAUGUUUUAAACUAGAGCGCGGAAUUUCGUACCGUACCGUAUUCCGUACCGUAUUUCCGGCCAUAUUCUUUUCCGUAUUCCGUACCGUAUUUCAGAAUUUUACCGUUCCGUAA